AUGGCUGGGGAUCACCUCGAGGUCCUUACGGCGCUGGACGUCGCCAAGACGCAGUUGUACCACUUCAAGGCGAUCGUGAUCGCCGGCAUGGGCUUCUUCACCGACGCCUACGAUCUCUUCUGCAUCUCCCUCAUCACCAAGCUCCUCGGCCGCAUUUACUACUACCAGGAGGGAUCCGAUAGGCCCGGCUCUCUCCCGCCCAACGUGGCCGCCGCCGUCAACGGUGUCGCCUUCUGCGGAACCCUCUCGGGCCAGCUCUUCUUCGGGUGGCUCGGAGACAAGAUGGGAAGGAAAAGGGUGUACGGGAUGACCCUUGUGAUCAUGGUGGUCUGUUCUAUCGCCUCUGGUCUCUCCUUUGGCAGCAGCGCCACCGGAACCAUGGCCACCCUCUGCUUCUUCCGUUUCUGGCUCGGCUUCGGCAUCGGCGGGGACUACCCGCUCUCUGCCACCAUCAUGUCCGAGUACGCCAACAAGAAGACCCGAGGCGCCUUCAUCGCCGCCGUCUUCUCCAUGCAAGGGUUCGGCAUCCUCGCCGGAGGCAUCGUGGCCAUCGUCGUCUCCGCCGCCUUCAACAACGUGUACCACGCCUUGCCCUUCGCGCAGGACCCCCGGGGCUCGACGGUACCGCAAGCGGACUACGUCUGGAGGAUCAUCCUCAUGUUCGGGGCCGUACCGGCGGCUCUCACCUACUACUGGCGGAUGAAGAUGCCGGAGACCGCCCGCUACACGGCGCUGGUUGCGAAGAACGCCAAGCUCGCCGCCGCCGACAUGUCCAAGGUGCUCAAUGUGGAGCUAGUCGAGGAGCAGGAGAAGGUGGAGCGGAUCACGAAAAAGGAUAACAAUUCGUUCGGCCUCUUCAGCAAGGAGUUCGCCCGCCGACACGGGCUCCACCUGCUCGGCACCACCUCCACGUGGUUCCUCCUCGACAUCGCCUUCUACAGCCAGAACCUCUUCCAGAAGGACAUCUUCAGCGCCAUCGGGUGGAUCCCCAAGGCCAGCACCAUGAGCGCCAUCGAGGAAGUCUACAGGAUCGCGAGGGCGCAGACCCUGAUCGCCCUCUGCGGCACCGUGCCGGGAUACUGGUUCACCGUUGGCCUCAUCGACAUCAUCGGCCGGUUCACCAUCCAACUCAUGGGGUUCUUCUUCAUGACGGUCUUCAUGCUGGCUCUGGCGAUUCCCUACAACCACUGGACCCACAGCCACAUCGGGUUCGUCGUGAUGUACGGGCUGACCUUCUUCUUCGCCAACUUCGGCCCUAACAGCACCACCUUCAUCGUGCCGGCGGAGAUCUUCCCCGCGCGGCUACGCUCGACCUGUCACGGUAUCUCGGCGGCUUGCGGCAAGGCGGGGGCCAUCAUCGGCUCCUUCGGGUUCCUCUACGCGGCGCAGAACCAGGACAGUACGAAGACCGACAAGGGCUACCCCCCGGGCAUCGGAGUCAGGAACUCCCUCUUCGUGCUCGCGGUCUGCAACGUUCUCGGCUUCUUCUUCACUUUUCUGGUGCCGGAGUCCAAGGGAAGGUCUCUCGAAGAUCUCUCCGGGGAGAACGAACAAGUCGAGCAGACCGAUCAGGAGAGGCCACCCAUUACUUUCCAUAUGUGA